AAACAAUGUAUCAGGGUUUCCACAAAAAUAAUGCUUGUUUUUGUGUGCACAUGGGAAAACUUGUUCUAGUUUGUGUGCAUUCUUUCUCUGUGUGAAUGGCAGCGAGGGGGUGUUGAUUUAUGUGUGAGUUCUCUCAUUGAGUUCAACAGAGCAGUAAGAGACUCUGGCCUCAGCAGCCCCUGAUCUGAGCCUCAUCUCUCCGCUCCAUUUGCAUUCACUGGCUAAAACUGGCUGGCAGGGCAACACUCUCAACUUUCUGUUCCAGGCUUUGAAGCCUUCCAAAAGUUUUUUAUUGACUUGGAGUGGAGGGGGACAGAGAGAGAGAGAGAGAGAGAGAGAGAGAGAGAGAGAGUGGAGAGAGGAGCAGAACAAGAGGAAGAAGACAAAGAUAAAGUACAACUAAAACCUUAGACUUCCACAGGAACAGGGGACCAGGUGGGCUAAGCCGAAAUAAACGGUGUCUUGAAGCUGGAGGCAGGGGUCAUGGAUAUCAGGAUGCAACGAGAUGAGGCAUCAGCCCAGGAAGUGUUCAGCUAUGCCCAGAUGUCAACCCUAGAGCGAAACAGUGGAGUAGGGACGCUGAGUCGGCAUCUGGAGCGGGAGAGGCUGGAGAGAGACAGCUACACGGUGGAUGUCAGGGCCAGUGACCUGCAGCUGGAUCAGCGUGGGCAAUUACAUCCCUGCUUUAGCUACAGAGUCUGGCUUUACAGCGUUGUUAUAGGGAGCAGCUUGCUGAUAGCGGCAGCUUUCUCUCUCUAUAUGGGUAAUGUGUUUCCAGCUGCAAUGGACUACCUGCGUUGUACUGCUGGAUCAAGUAUUCCAGCUGCAGUGGUGAGCUUUGCUAUUGCCAAGAACAGACAAGUUGCAGUCUCAGACUUUCAAAUGGUCUACGUGUCAUCCUUUGCUGUGACAACCACGUGCCUGGUGUGGUUCGGAUGUAAACUUGCCAUUAGUCCCUCAGCCAUCAAUAUUAACUUUAACCUGCUCCUGCUUAUUGUGCUGGAAGUGCUCACAGCUAGUACUGUUAUCCUAUCAGCUCGCUCAGUGGAGGACUGCUGCAGUCACGGAAAGCCCGUGUCUGAUGGCCCUGUGGUUGUGACCCCAGCUUCGUUCCCCACUCGUCUUUUCAAGGCUUACGCCGUAAUUGAGGUUAUAGUGGGCAUCUCUGCUGUAUUCGGAGGAAUUAUUGCUCUCAAUUUGGGUGCUAUCCUCCCAGAGCCAUACCUUUCGGUCACUUUCUUCUGGAUUCUGGUAGCUUGUUUCCCCAGUGCCAUUGCCAGCCAUGUGGUGGCAGAAUACCCCAGCAAGAGUCUGGUGGAGAUGCUGAUUGCAAUAAGCAGUGUGACCUCACCACUGCUUUUCUCAGCGUCUGGAUUCUUGUCCAGCAGUGUGAUUAAUUUUAUUGAGAUCUUUCUGCAUGAAGUGGCAUCAGUCAAGCAAACGUAUGACAUACUGCUGCUUGUCCUGAUGGGACUGCUGCUGGUGCAGGCUGUGCUGACAUUAACCACCGUAAUAAAGUGCGCUUCCUACAAGGGCCAGCUCCGCACGGGAGGUACUGAAUGGGACAUGCUACACAAAAAGCACUGUGAGCAACAGACGUCAAAUGGCACACUAAGAGAUUUUGACAAAGAAAAGGCCUGGAAAGCAGUGGUGGUCCAAAUGGCCCAGUGACCAAAGAUACCGGCAACAGAAGGAAAAAAAACAUAGAGAGAAAAAAAAAUGAAUGUACAAAUAUGGAAGAUAAGAAUGUCACCUGGAAGAGAAGCAUCACUUUUUGGGGUAUGAAACUUAGAGUUCUGUCAUAACUGUCAGCAGAUCUGUCAUAUUUAUGAGUCAUACACUAAUGUUCAAAAGUUUGGGGUUAAGAUUUUAAAGUAAGAUUUUAUUUAAUUUUUUCAAGAUACUUUUAUUUAGCAAAGAUGUGCUAAAAUUAUCAAAGGUAACAGCAAAGACUUUUACACUGUUAUAUAAAAGUAUAUGAUGUCUAUUUCAAAUACAUGCUGUUCUUUUGAACCUCUUAUUCAUCAAAGAAUCCUGAAAAACAGUAUCAUAGUUUCUGCAAAGAUAUUAAGCAACACAAGUGUUUUCAAUAUUGAUAAUAAUAAUAAAUGUUGCAUAAGCACC